AUGGAAGGCAUGCAAGUAUUGUCCUUGGGCAUGUCCAGGACCGGAACAGCUUCGAUGAAAGAGGCUCUUCGCAUUCUUGGACACGACAGAGUUCAUCAUGCAUAUGAGCUCUACAGCCACCCCGAUCAAUGUCGACAAUGGCUUGCUGCUUGGGAUGCAAAGGCAAAGGGUCUUGGUGAGACGCUUGAUCGCAAUUACUGGAACAAUAUCCUGGCAGGAUACACCGCUGUGACUGAUAUGCCGGCUGUUUGUUUUGCGAAGGAGCUUAUUGAUGCCUACCCAGAAGCAAAGGUUGUCCUCAUUCAGCGGGAGGAGGAGGCCUGGCUUCGCAGCUUCAAAUCAGCGGUGAUAGAUACAUAUUUUGACAACUCACUCAUCACGGCUUCGAUAUCCCUCUUCGAUCGCGAGCUAAUGCGACCACUUCAUUUCCUAUGGAGUCGCCUGUUGGCCGCAAGGGACGGCUUUUUCGAAGGCACGACAAAGAGCCAGGUAGAACAGAAUGCUCUUGAGGUCUAUAGAAAGCAUAAUGCCCUAAUUAUAGCCCAUACUCCGCCGGAAAACUUACUGCUAUUCAACCUUGAAGAUGGUUGGAAACCUCUUUGUGCGUUCCUCGGCAUGGAAAUACCCCAGGUUCCAUUUCCAAACGUCAACGAGGGCGAUGCUGUCAAGGAUGUUGUUGCAGCCUUCACCCAGAAAAGCAUGAUUCGAGCGGUCCGCAAUCUUUUUAUCAUCGGCGUCAGCUGUGCGGCGGCAUUUUAUCUGUGCGCUUAA